CCAACCAGCAAGGCCCGCUGCCCCAUGGCCACUCCCAAGCGGUUUCCGACGCUCGUGCAGCUGGAGCAACGAGAAGGGACGCUAUUCACUGUGCUCGGUAACCUCAGCAAACGGCCCUACUGGUUCCACUCCGAGUACCUGAAGAGUCCGAAGGCAGUUCACCUCGAGGCGUGGCUGGUGGAAGCGAUCUUCGGCCGGGGAGGAGAGCACAUCCCGCACGUCGAGUGUGUGUCGCAGACCCUACUUCAUGUUAAUCAGUGGGACCCCGAGGGCGAAGCUGAGAUCUUGAUAUUUGGUCGGCCUUAUUACCAGAAAGAUGUAGCCAAGAUGAUCAUGAAUUUGGCUGACUAUCACCGCCAACUCCGGGCACAAAGCUCAGAGGAGGUCCCUGCCCAGGACGCAUCGACCCAGCGGUCCCCCGAGGCUGCCCGAGAGGCCGAGACCCAGCGGUCCCCCGAGGCUGCCCGGGAGGCGGCGACCCAGAGCUCCCCGAAGGCUGCCCGGGAGGCGACGACCCAGCNGGCGGCGACCCAGCGGUCCCCCGGCGCAGCCCGGGAGGCGGCGACCCAGCGGUCCCCCGGCGCAGCCCGGGAGGCGGCGACCCAGCGGUCCCCCGGCGCAGCCCGGGAGGCGGCGACCCAGCGGUCCCCCGGCGCAGCCCGGGAGGCGGCGACCCAGCGGUCCCCCGGCGCAGCCCGGGAGGCGGCGACCCAGCGGUCCCCCGGCGCAGCCCGGGAGGCGGCGACCCAGCGGUCCCCCGGCGCAGCCCGGGAGGCGGCGACCCAGCGGUCCCCCGGCGCUGUCCGGGAGGCGGCGACCCAGCGGUCCCCGGACGCUACCCAGGACCCGGUUACCAGGUCAUGA